CAGCACGAUUCAAAAAAUUUUUAACGCAAUUUAUGUUGAAAGGAGUUAAUCUAAAAUAAAACAGAAAUUGUCUUAUCCACCAUAACACUAUUAAAUACUCUAUUAUCGCUACACCAACCCUAUAUCAUCACUUAUUUCCAGAUUUCGGUACGCAAGUAACGUUAUCGUACUCUUUACAAUCGUAAUUUCAUCCACCAACAGGUAACUUCUCCCGUACAUAUCAUAUCACAUUACGAACAAUAUCUCGCCGCAAUCUCAGCAAGGUUGUUAGUUAUGAUUUGAAUCUCAGCCGGUAGACUACCGUCCUACCAGUACCAGCUAAUAGUGACUCGCGCCAGGCAGAAGAAGCGGGUGAACAAACGAUCAGCAGUCGAGCAUGAUAAUUAUCAAUGAUAACAUGUGAUCGCCGCUUUUGUCGCGUGUCGUUUUCGUGGAAAAUAUAGAAAUAUUCACAUAUAGUGCUGGAAUACGCUGGAAAGCAAAUUAAGCUAAAAAUACGUAGGUGUUAUUGAUAAUCAAGAAAGCUAUCUGAUUCAACAACAUAAAAAAUAGUGCUAUAUUGAUUGAUUAACGAUGGAAGACGAACCCAGAUUCAAACGCCCGGAAGUUGUCAACGAUGAUUCAUUGGUUCUAUAUUGCAACCAGUACAGCUACUACUGCCAAAAGGUGUUGUGGGCACUGCAUGAAAAGGACAUCAAGUUCACAAAAUAUGAGAUUGAUGUGGCAAACGAUGAACACUUUUCCGAAUGGUUUCUGGAGCUGAAUCCCCGUGCCGAGUUGCCAGUACUGCAAAAAGGCCUUCUCAUCGUACCGGGUUCCAACCGGAUUUUAGACUACUUGGAGGAAAACUAUCCGAAAAAUAAACCCCUGAAAUUAUCGUGGAACGAGAAUGUGAAAAUACUAAACCUCAAGAACGCCCUCGAUAAGCUGCCUAUUGGGGUGAUAACGAUGGGCUCGUUUUUACAUCCGAGAACGGUGGUGGCUCCUAAAUCGCCCUUUGUUCAACCCGUACGAUACACCAUUCUGGAAAGGGAUGAAACGGUCAGCAAGCGCUUGAGAGAUUACGCAAAGGCCUUCCCGGCAUUCAACGAGGUGCUACAGAAGAAGGCUGAGUUUCACGACCGUAAGCGCCAAAUGUUGACCAGUGAGCAGUACUUUUUGCAACUGUUGGACAUCGUGGAUCACGUUUUGGCAGACGCCGAAACGGAGCUCGCCAAAUCGGGCGAAGACGUCACGUGGAUCGCUGGGGAAGAUAUUACACUGGUUGAUAUUUCACUGGGAUGUUUGUUGUACCGUUUGUACGUUCUUGGCCUGGAAGAACGUUUCUGGGCGGGUGGAAAGAGACCACAGAUGGAGAAGUACUUUAAUCGAGUUAUGACAUCGGAGAAUUUCCAGCACACUCUACCGACGAAGACGUCACUGCUCAAAACCAUUUGGUUGAAUACACCCUCGACGUACAAAGCCGGAAUUGCAGCGUUCUCCUUUUCCUCCAUGAUAAUAGGAUCUACUCUGCUCAAGAGAUAGAAAGGAUAUCUUUCGGUGUAAUGAAUGCUGGUCAUUGUUUUUUUUUAGAAACUUUGGUAGAUUUAUUAUAAACCAUCUAUGUUUUAACCGCUCGAAAACAGCCAAUCACCAAAUGUAGUUAUUAUAAUUAGAAUUAUAUUAAAUCGAUGGUUUUAUCCUCAACACUCGUGCUCGAUAUACUUUAUUUGUCAUGUAGGUUCGAUAAGGAAAUUAGUUGUGAAUGAAUUCUACAAAAAAUGUUGAUGUGAUAUUUUUCCAAAAGUGGUAUGGAUAUCCCGUUGCUAUAAGGAAAACAUGAUGUGUUUUGCAAUCUAUUAAUCUCUUAUUGCGAAUCGGAAUCGGCCGUAUUUCCGAGUGGUGUUUAUGGCAUAACAAUGCUAAAAACAUUUUGAAAGACACUUAUGUCACACGAUGUAGAUUUAUUUCGAAUAUUAAAGUUUCCGACUUUUCAAUCCAUUUUAUGAGAAAUUCCUGUCCAUUUAUAUCAAAGGCGUGGGUAGAAUAAUUGAAUAAAUACAGUUAUACAAAGCAUUAUCUAAGAAUGCAUUGAUGAAAACUAUUACAAAAUUCAUUGUGGAAUUGUCAGAUGAUUUUUUCAGGAAUUUCUAAGACAGUUCUGGGAAACUUUCUAUCCAUUUAAUGCGUUUUAGAAUAAUUGAUUAAAGACAGUUAUACAAAGCAUUACCUUAAGUGCCCCACACAAUGCAUACGUUUGCGUGUGCGUGACACUAGUUUGACACAUUUCACAUGGGAAAACUGUCAAAAAAACGCAAACCUCGACGGAACGGACGCUAUGUGUUCCAGGCUUUAGAAUGCAUUGAUGAAAACUGUUACAAAAUUCAUUUAGGAAUUUUCAGAUCAUUUUUUUUUAGGAAUUUAUAAAACAGUCCUGGGAAACUUUCCUAAAGAAGUUUGAGAAAUUGAUAGUAUCCUUGCAAAUUUUCUUGUUGAAAUUUCUGAUAAUAUACGAAAUACUUAGGGGCGUAUCUAUAAUGAUCGAUUAUCUCCGGAAAAUACGUUCCAUGCUUCAAUGAUGUUUCGGUGCUUUUCGAUAAAGGACGACUGGCUAGCAUCUACAGCAGGCUCGUCCAACCUUUUACUGCCGCGGGCCACUGGUGAUACUCCAUACUCCAUAAUCGAUUAUCCUGUCACAAUUGAGCUGUGAUGGACAUUGGUUGAUAUAGCACUUGAUCCCAACUAGGCACAACUCGUUUUAGAAAGUCUAUUACCCUAUUAGGAUUACAUUGCCAAACUUCCAAGGGCUCUAAUGACCCUUUUCCGAAUAUUGACAACCUUUGAUUGGAUAGCUCUCCACAGCUGCAGAGUAAAUGUUUAGCGAUUUCGUUUUCACCUUGGCAAAAACGACACUCAGAUGAUUGGAUUCUUCCAAUUUUGUGUAGAUGGUACUUACUGGGGCAGUGACCGGUCAUCAGGCCCGUUAUUACCCUCAGGUCUCUCUUGUUUAAAUUUAGCAUGGUCCUGGCUUUUGCUUUUGCUGCACUAGGUCUUUUUUGCUUGUCUGGAUGUAUCCGUGGCAUUCCAAUUGGAUUCUACCGUAGACAUUUCCCAUAGUUUUAGUUUCGUCCUAAGAGUACACUCAGGAACUCCACAGAAUGGUUCAGGGCCUACGAAGCUCGAUGCUGCACCCUGUCUGGCUAGAUUGUCGGAGUUUUCAUUUCCCUGAAUUUCACAAUGGCCGGGCACCCAGUAUAAUGUUACUUUGUUCCUACUGGCCAACUGCUUCAGAGAAAGAAUGCAUUCUCACACUAGCUUGGACUGGCGCGUGAAUGUCCUUAGUGGCUUAGUGCAUUUAGAGCAGCUCCUAAUAAGGCUUGAAUCUCUGCUUGAAAAACAGUGGGACUACAUCCCAUUUGGUAUAGCUUUACUUAUACUGCCGCCACUCGCAUAACAGUCCCAUGUUUGCUUGGUUUCCUAUUAAAUGGGACUGUUAUGCGAGUGGGGGCAGUAUACCUGGACCAAAAACUCCAGCACCAGUAUUUUUCUCCAUCUUAGACCCAUCAGCAUAAAAUACAAAAGAACCUGGACGUAAGCUUGGCCCACCUGAAUCCCAAAUAUAGCGGCUUGGUUAAACCACAUUAAAGGGAAUAGAACAUCAUAGUCAUAGUUGGUCUUCGUAAUCAUCUAAUCCUCUAGGAUCUAUUUUAAUAUCUGAGUUUAAAUUGAAGUCUUUGACGAUCUUCAAAUGUCUUACGAGAUCAGCUUCUAGCAGUUUGUUGUGACGCAGAAACUGCAGGGCACUUUUUGCCGCUUGCAGUUGAACAAAUUGAUGCAAUGGUAACAUAUUGAGAAGGGCAUCUAAUGCAACCGAUGGUGUGCUCCCAAUACCUUCAUCUGGUCGAUAUAAAUAAAAGCAAACACAUCAAUUAUUUCCUUAAUGCACUGGUCAUUGUUGAUAGUUUUUCAUUGUUAAUUACAAUUCUUUAAGAAUACGUAGUACGUAGUGUGUGUGAUUGAAUGAACAAUUCAAAUUAAACAUAAAUAGAACUAAAAUUUAAACUUUAACAAAAAAAAAACAA